GUUCUCACGGAAAAUGGAAAACGAGUGGAGGGGGCGAAUAGACACGCACAAGCAUGACCGGUAAUCUGUGGCUGAACCCACGUCUUCCUGUCUCUUCCAAAUCUCAACGCCAUUUUUCCUCUUUCUUCAUUUGGGCCACAAUCUAAAGACAGCGGCAAAGUUACAGAAACAGGAGAACGGGAAAGGAUUAGAAGGAAGAGGAGGAAGCUAUGGCAACAGGCUUCUUGUGUUCAUGGAAUUCAAGCUUAAUUCAUAGUUCUAGGAAAGAGAAUCCGUUAUUCCCCAGAUCAUUCCUCGGUGCUGGACGGAGAAUUCUAGAUGAACUAACUGCAAAAAGGAACCCGAGUCGUCAUGGUUCUCAAAAGAAAAUAUCUCAUAGGUUCUCUGUGUUAGCUGUGACCGAAAGCUCUAAAGAGCCUAGCAAGACUGAAGAAACAAUACCUUCUUGGGCCAGGGCAGAUUCAGAUGUGCCCCCUCCUUGGGCUCAGGAUGAAGGCAAGGAAAGUACAUCGCAACAGAUAUUUGAGAUUCCCUUCUAUGUUUACUUACUUGCCUCAGCAGUCACUGCAAUUGCUGCUAUAGGUUCUGUUUUUGAAUAUGUGAACCAGAGGCCUGUGUUUGGAAUUUUGAACUCAGACAGCAUUUUUUAUGCUCCAUUGCUUGGAUUUUUCGCAUUAACUGGUAUUCCCGUUUCAGGAUUCCUGUGGUUCAAAUCUGUUCAAGCUGCUAACAAGGAAGCUGAGGAACAAGACCGGAGGGAUGGCUAUCGGUAGGGUCAAAUCUUUGCCAUUUAACUGCGAUGUAGAGCUACUUUGGAAAACUCGAGACGGGUCAUGUGGCGUUAUAGAAGUUGUUUCAAGGGAAAUAUGACGCCCAUUACAAACAGAAAUCAGGGUAGAUCUAUUCGGUUUCUAAAAGUUGAAAACUUGAAAUGUAAAACCCUUGUUAGUAAUAUUGUAAAAAAUUUUGACCUGUUAAAUAACAAAGCAUUUGAUACUUGCUGGUUC